CUAAAUUCCAACAGAUGUUCUGCAAAGGGCUGCAAGAAGAAAGAAGUUAGUAUGUUUUGAAUCGCACAUAUUUAUAGAAGCGAGAGAAUUAGCUAGACUGUACACUUGAAUAUUUUACAGUGCAUGGUUGACAAAUACAGUAGAACAUUGCUAACUCGAACUCCGAAGGCAAGCGAAAAAUUCUUCGAGUCAGCGGGGUUGGAGUUAACGGGGUUCGUGUUGGAUUGCUUUUAUUAUGUUAAUAAUGGAUAGAGUAUAGUCGUUUUAUUAUUCUAAAGAACUUACAAAGUUUGUACUAUUGUUAAACAGUCCAACAGUGCCUAUAAUAUAUUAGAUCGGUAAUGAUCGACGCAACUCGUUGAACCUUUUAUUACGUUUGAAUAGACUAUAUACAAAUAAAUGGUUGUUGUCUGAAUAAAAUCCAAGCUUCUGACUUGUCAAUGUGCUAUGUUCUGACAUUUUGAGGCUUGCCUAACCACGUCUCAAAAAUACAGUUUGAGUUAACAGGGUAAAUUUGACCAAGGGAAAAUGAAAUUUGUUCUAGUUAACCGGAGUAAAUUACUGUAAAAAUUGGGUCAAAUCCAGGGGAAAUUGAAUUUAGUUCGAGUUAGCGGGGUUCUACUGUAAGGGUGUAUACCCUAAACUUACUAUUGAGGGCGCUUAGUAGUAUAGACUUACGGUAGAUAUUUCCACUGAUUUCGGGAAUACAUAAUAGUCUGGCCUCCGUAAAGGAGACGGUGAUUCGCUGUUUCGAGAGGAAUACACGAUGGAAAACAACUUCUCGCCCCCGUGCCAUUUCAGCCCUUCCCUUUCCCGUAUACCCCAUGUUAGGUGUAAUAUAGUUGGACGCCAUACACAGAGCGACUUGCAUGCAACACUAACAGCAUUCCUGUACUCCAUAUAUGAUAAUAACUUGCAGUUCCAUACAUUAUCUAGUUAGUACCUGUGCUAUGUGAUUCGUGUAGAAGAAACUAUUGCCUACGUCAUCGACAUCCUCAAGAUCAUGACUGCGCAACAGCAAGGACAGCGAAUUAUCUGUAAGUAUGAACUUUUGAUGGUUAGUUGAAGAUCCCUGUAGGGCGAAAGUCAUUAUUGAUCAAGAAUAGAGACCUAAUCAUGUAGUUCCAUGUUGCAAAGCCUGAAAUGACGUACAAAAAUUAUCCCAAAAUGAAAUUUGAUCGGAAACUUUCAAAUUUGGUCGGACAGUUUUCGAUUUCAUUUUGACUCCUUGACCUCCUUGGGCAGGGCAUUUUUUAACUAUAUAACUGGGGGGGGGGCAAAGCCUCCCAGCCCCCAUGGUCCCCCCCCCACUCAACCAUUUUGUCCCCCCCCCAGUCAAAGUCCCAUUUUGCCCCAGUCAAAGUGACCAAGUUGUGGUAUCUACAUAAACAUACCAUGCAAGUACUUCACUGAAGGUUCAGUCUAUCUACAGCAUAAUGUAACGCUGUAUAUCCAAAAAUCGGUUUCAGAAAAUGCAGGAAUUGCAGUCAUAGGGGUAGAAAAAUACAACAUUUUCUGGGGGAGAAUACCCCCAGACCCCCCUACUAUUAAAUGCAAUACCACACCAAACUUUUUGUUACCAAAAACCAACAACCAUCUAUCAUUUCUCCACACUUGGUAUAGUAUGGUCCCUUUUUGUAGAUGCCCCCACUGACGAAUUCUUAAAAAGUGCCCUGUGACCUUGCAUGGGUAAAUUAAGUCAAUAUAUAAACGAUAUUUUAUGCCAAACCACUGAUUAGCAUUUGGUCAGGAAAAGUGUGAUUUGGUCGGAAAAUGUCCGAUGUCCGUUCGUGAUUUCAGGCUUUGGUGUUUGUGCACGUUACUACUCCACUUAUAUUUUUUGAUUUCGCAAAGACCUACAUACCGUAGUUAAGUAUGGAAUGAAACCAUGGAAACGAAGCAUUUUAUAUUUGUAUGUGAGCAGAAUGCGUAUAUAGAAUCGGGCAUGAACUAAUGAUAACUGAUUAGGUCUACUUGGGUGGACACUCAUGUAAUUGAUGAUAAACGUUUCUGGGGGGCUUUUUGCCUAUGAACUCCUGUAAGGAUUGUGCAUUUCUAUUAUUUUGUAAGCCCAAAUUUCUAUAUUUUUGUCUGCAUAUUUUUAGGAAAUCUAAAAAUGUGAAAAACAGGACAGGAGCUGAACAAGUUGAUAGGAACAAACCACAGCAAACGUCUUUAAGCGUUUUCGGUCGAGAUCUCGAUAGGUAUGUUAUCUCAUAAUUACGUAGAUUUUCAGAAUUAUUUCCUUCUUCCUUGCGAAGGCUUUGCUAUCAACAACUGUGCGGUGUUGUUAGAUAAUUGAAAAUUGAAAUUCAAGAUCAGAUCCACAAGAUUAAGGAUGCACAUUUUAACUCGUUUACCCUAAUUAUAAAACUUGUCUUCAUUGAUAUAAAAUUUGUCCGAAUUAUAUGUUCCAAUUAUAGUCCUAAUUAUUAAACUUGUCCUACUGUAAUUAUAAAAUUUGUCCAACGUAGACCUAUAACGUUCAUAAAUCCGUUUACACUCUAAAGCUGUCAAACGAGGAUGAGAGUUGCAACUCUCGCUCGCGUUUGACCCCCAGCUUUCAUUAGACUUGCUCCAAGUCUCUCUUUGAUUGUCAUAUAGUGUCGAUCCACUAUUGUGUACAUUACAUGACGUAGUACGGAGGGGCGGAGCAAGAAAGAGAGACUUGUCAACUUCGGAAAAUCUCGGUUCAAAACUGAACCGAAAAUGCAGGACUUGCUUUAAUUGUUUUCUGUCAGUGUUUAUAUAUAUAUUGAUCUAGCACAGUGUAAAUUACAUGAGUUCCAUUAUAGUAAAUAAUACAGAAAGAAAUUGAAGGAAAACAAUUAAAGCAAGUCUUGCAUUUUCGGUUCAGUUUUGAACCGAGAUUUUCCGAAGUUGACAAGUCUCUCUUUCUCGCUCCGCCUCUCCGUGCUACGUCAUGUAAUGUACACUAUAGUGGAUCGAUAUGACAAUGAAAGAGAGACUUGGAGCAAGUCUAAGCUCUCAUCGACUCGAAUGCACUCUCAUCAACUCUCAUUAACUUUGAACUGGUUUGAUGAGUUUUCGCUACGUGCCCGGUAAUAUCCAGUCAACUCUCAUGCAUGCAACUCUUUUUCUCGUUUGACCGGAGCAUGAGAGUUGAGAAAACUCUCAUGCAAACUCUCGCUUCUCAACUCUCAUCCUCGUUUGACCAUGGCUUAAGUUUAGAAAGUUUGAACAAAAUUUUGGUGAACAGAUAUAUAUAUGUACACCAGAAAUCGUGAUUCUGUACAGUAUACGUAUUCCAAAACCCGCAUUGAUAAAAAUACAAGUAGCUCUGUUUGCCAGAAAUGUGUAAAGAGCACAAUUUUAGUAAUUGUGAGACUUUCUCUGCAUGGCAGAGAAAGAUCGUAUAGAUGUAUAUCAGGAUGUAUAUGUGUCAUGACUUUGACUGCCAAUCUGCAGCCUUGGACGUAUAGCUAACAGUGAAUAUAUAGAACUAAACUGUCACAAGAACUAAUGUCCAGGACUGCCGAUUGGCAGUCAAAACCUUGUGAUACAUAAAUUUACAACCAUGCAGAGGACGACUCUCAAAAAUUGUUCUCUUUACACAUCUUUCUUGCUAGAAAAUGUGUACGCCAAAAGCCACAUCAGAAAGUGAAUCAAACAAAGUUUAGGCAGCAGUUGUAGUGGUUCAUCAGCAAUGUGUAAUACCAUUACAGGUUUCCAGGAAAAGACCCCCUAUAAGUUCGUAAAUAAUUUAGUUUUGCAAAGUUUAACUUGUAUUUUUAAACUUUCAGAAUUAUUAAGCUUCGGAUGAAAAGUUCUGAAUUAAAAUUUUGCCCAAUAAAGAAGAAAUUUAUUUCUAUCCGAAAAACUUAUUUAUUCAAUUGACUAUUCAUAUUGGUUCGGUAAAAUGCUAAUAUUUAUAAUCAACCGUUGUGUUCACUAGUAGAAAAUGCAUUUAAACUAAGCUUGUGGUUUUGGGGGACAUAUUCCUGUAGUAGGAUAUAUGUACAGUGCGAUAUUUAAUUUGUCAUUGCAUAUCUAAAUUGUAUUUUAUUCAGAGCAAGACGAGAGCGUGCUAAUCAAUCAAAUCCAAGUACAACAGUUCAACAACAACCCAACAGAACACGCCAGUCUGGACAACAACAACCUAACAGAGCACCUCAGCCUGGGCAACAACAACCAUUAGUAAGUGAAACAUUACGUCUUUCAACAUAUCACGACUGCGGAAGUUGGUGAACCAUGCAUGCAACGAUGUUACCUCCAUACUCUAUAUAAUGGGCUAAUUCCAAAUUCAAAACAUAAGUUCAAAUAAAAAUGUUGGAGUUACAGACCAGCUCCAGAAAUCAUGUGGAAGCAGACGUAGAGCCACCUAUCUAUCUAUAAACUUGUCAGGAGGACUUGCCUCCCAUUUGCACUUGCAUUUGGAGUUUCGUUUAACUCUGGAUCCAUUCUCUUCCCCCAGACUACUUUAGCUUCUGUCGGCUUAGUGUACACACAGCCUAGCUCCAUUUGAAGAUAGCCAAAAUAGAAUAUACAGGCAUGCAACUUAUAUUAUGUCAUUUUUACAGUAACUAUAGCUGCGGAAACAUAUCUCUUUCUUUUACUUCUUUGAUUCGAAUGACGUCCCUUCGUCAGAGUCCGGAAAAUGCCGUGGGUCGAAACGUCGAAUGUUUUGUAAUCUUUUAUGUGGCGGAGUAUAAAUAUCCAUGGUUUCUUAUAUCUAUAUGUUGUGGCUGACGCUAUCAAUAUUCGAUAUGUGAAUUACAGUAAUUCCUUGGUGUCACACAAUCAUGUUGGUGUUACACAAUCAAACCUUACUCUAUAUGUAAUAUUAUUUACGAGCGGCCGAAGGGGAGAGUUUGUAUAUCCGACACAUCACGGACGCGAGUGAGAAAACUGAACUUAAAAUUUGUGUAAGUCUAUGAUUUUGUGUAUGAUAUAUACAAACUCCAGUCCUUCAUACUGAAUUAUUAAUGAGUUUCAUCAUGAAACAUACAGCAACAAGCAAGUGAUGCUAAAUGUUUUCAUGUAGUCAAUUCAAAAAUGUGUUAGUUUGUCUACACUUACAGGAAAGAACAAUAGAUGCUCACGAUUUUCCAUUAGUUAACUUAAACUGCAGUGACACAUCGAGAGCAACGAGCAAGUAACGCCAAGUUAUUUCAUUGCGUGUAUUUGCCCUAAACACAAAGCUAGUAGGUGGAGUUGGGCACCAUGUCUUGCACUGACUCAAGUGAAACUUAUGUUGAAAUAAACCACUAAAUUUCAUGAUGUUAACAUUUCAGAACAAUUUCAACUUUAGAACAAGACAUUACUCAGUCGUCAGAGCGCUGCAUAGUGCAUGCACCGGAAUCACCGGACCACAGGUUCGACGGACUUUCAGACGGGUAUAGGCGAACCCCCAGGAAAAAUGGAAAAUAUCGAGAUUUUUGGUUCAAAUCCUUGUUUUAAGGUCUUAUGAUCAGUUAGUUCAAAAUCCUUAGUCCAAUCAUACUAACGCCGUUCAAUUUAUUGAUCAUUUAAAUUUCUUGGGGCGGGGCUGCAAAUUACUCUAGCUGGGGUGUGGGAACUGUCUGAGGGUUGCAAAAUAUUUUAUAGUCUAUAGUUGGAUUCCUGCCGAUGGGCCUAAAACUUACAUUUUCGCAGCUCCUCCCGGGUAUGUCUGGAAGUGUGUAUACAUUUUCGUUGGAAAACUCCAUCUACGUUCAGUUCUAUGGAACGAGAUGCCCAAAACCUUGAUACUUAGCCGUAUGCGUAAUUGUAAUUAAGUGAGAUUUUCAAUUUCAGAGCGAGGAUGAAGCUUUAGCAUUAGCAAUUCAAGCAUCCUUAUCUGAAACAUCCUCAGCCGAAGAUAAAUCCACUUCUACAACUAAACCAUCAAGUAGUCAAGAGGAAGAAGAUCGUGCGCUGGCUCAAGCGAUUGCAGAUUCAGAAAAAGAAGCAAGAAACAGCGGUCGACGACAACAAACG